GUCGCAAUCAGUGCAUUUAGUUUCAAAAGCUGAACAAGUCGAUUGUUGUCCAAGAACCUCUUACCAACUCCACAAUUUAAAUAAAAAUGAAACUCUUCUGUUUAUUAAUAUCUUUAUUCUUUGUGGACGUUUUAGCAGAUUAUGGUCUUUAUAUGGAACUUGUGCACCUUACAAAUGAAGGCAUCAGACGUGCUUAUCUUAAGAAUGAUUUAACUGUAGGAGGUAGAUCUGGAGCAAAUGGAUUGGAGCAUCUAAUUGAGACAAUGAUUGAUGAUGUCAAUAAUGUCCUUAACUACCAAGAUUUCUGCAAAAUUUGUUUUUUGAUGGUUGUACCGGACCAAAGGAAAAUUCUUAUGAGAAUAACAGAACCUCCACCUCAUCCACUUCAUAAAGGCAAUAGUUUCUUCGAUAAAAUGCUUCAAGACUUAGUUACUUUCGUAGGAGUUGAUAUGACAGGAAAUUAUAUUGCUGUUCGGAAAACAUUGAAAAACCUUGCAGACAAAAGAAGAGAAUUGGUAUCUUGGUCUUUAAAAAAUAUAAUCAGUCGUCGUUUAUUAGGAUCUGCACAGGAUGUAGAAGAUGGUGCCUCUUUAUUAGCCAAUUGUCGUUUGCUUGGAUUGUACUCGAGUGCACAAUAUCCAACAGAUUACAUAAACGAAGUUAACAUUGACUUAACUAGCGGUACAUGUACCUUAACAAGUUGUGAUUUUACCCAAAGGAUGUACAGGAAAAUCGGUGGCAUAUGGUCACAAAUAGACAGAAAUGGCCAAUUACAAGAAUCACUCGAGGCACAAAUACAACGUGGACGUCCACAAGCUCAACCCACAACCUAACCAAAUGUCUGAAAAACACUGGCAUCUGUAUUCUGUUCUUUACAUAAUAUAUUAUAGUUUAUCUUAUUAUUAUCACUAUAUACACUAUAAAAUCAGAAUUUUAAAAAUAUUAUACAUAUAUUUAAGCUGACGGGAAAACGACUGUCUUUGGAUUUUUUCAAUAACAUAUUUCAUAUAAUUCAUUUUUUUGUACAGUAAGUACGUAAUUUUAUAUGUCUAUUUAUGUCAUAUCAUG